GGGUCGCUUUGCAGCCAGCAGUGUGUCUGUGUCAUGAAGAACCAGCCCAUCAGUAAUAGAGAAGCAUCCCACCUCCACUCAGUGACAGAUGCUUCUGCUCUGGGUCACAAUGUGGCUCUGGGACUGGUUUCUUUGGAUGGAUGUCAGCAGAAUGCUGCUCUAUGCUUUUGUUAUGACUGUUCUUUUAGUUUAUUUCCUGGUUAAAAAGGAUCCACCGAACUUUCCUCCUGGACCACCAGCCUUGCCUUUUCUAGGAAACGUCUUCAACAUUGAACAUAAACAGCCUCACAUUUAUCUAACCAAGCUCGCUGGUGUCUAUGGGAAUGUGUUCUGCAUUCGUCUGGGAAGACACAAGACGGUGUUUGUGUCCGGCUGGGGGAUGGUGAAGGAGGCUCUGGUCACGCAGGCCGACAACUUUGCGGACCGGCCUUACAGCCCGAUGGUGGACAGCAUCUAUUCAGGGAACUCAGCCGGUCUGUUCUUCAGUAAUGGGAAGGUGUGGAGGAGACAGCGACGCUUCGCCAUGGCAACGCUGCGCACCUUCGGCCUGGCAAAGAGCUCCACGGAGCAGAGCAUCUGUGAAGAGAGCCGCCACCUGCAGGAGGCCAUGGAGAAAGAGACAGAACCGUUCGACCCGGUGCCGCUGCUCAACAACGCCGUGGCCAACAUCAUCUGCCAGAUCGUGUUUGGGAGACGCUUUGACUACGGAGACCAGAGGUUCCAGAGUAUGCUGAGGAACCUGAGCCAGAUGGCUUAUCUGGAAGGCUCCAUAUGGGCUUUGCUGUUUGAUUCGUUCCCUGCUCUCAUGAAACACCUGCCAGGGCCUCACAAUGACAUCUUCAGCAGCUCCAGGUCUCUGGAGGCGUCGAUCAGGGCAGAGAUAGAGAGACACAAAUUAGACUUGGACCCCAGUGACCCACGAGAUUACAUCGACAGCUUCCUGAUAGAAAGCCAGCGCAACAGAAACAGUGAGCUGGGCUUUGAUGAAGACAACCUGGCUCUGUGUUGUGUGGACCUGUUCCUGGCUGGGAGUGAAACCACGUCUAAAACCCUGCAGUGGGGCCUCAUCUACCUCAUCAACAACCCUCAUGUACAAGUGAAAGUCCAGGCAGAGAUCGACAGAGUGAUUGGACAGAACCGUCGGCCCACCAUGGCUGACAGACCCAACCUGCCCUACACUGACGCCGUCAUCCAUGAGGUCCAGAGGAUGGGAAACAUCGUUCCUCUGAAUGGAUUCAGGAUGGCCACCAGAGACACCACGCUGGGCGGGUUCUUCAUUCCCAAGGGAACGUCUGUGAUGCCCAACCUGACCUCGGUGCUGUUUGACCCGACUGAAUGGGAGACUCCAGACACCUUCAACCCCGGACACUUCCUGGAUGCUGAGGGCAGGUUUGUGAGGAGAGAAGCAUUUCUGCCUUUCUCUGCAGGGAAGCGUGCGUGUCUGGGAGAGGGCCUGGCCAGAAUGGAGCUCUUUUUGUUUUUUGUGGGUUUGUUCCAGAGGUUCUGUUUUUCCACGGUGGACGGAGUGGAGCUGAGAACAGAGGGAAUCAUAGGAGCCACACGGACGCCGUUCCCCUUUCACAUCUACGCUAAGGCUCGCUGAGCUUUUUACCUCCUGCAGUCAGACCCAAAAGACAGCACAUGUUGCAUGUUGUGCCUGUAUGAACAUUGUUACAGUUUGUACCUAACAAAAUCUGCCAAUGGUUCCACUAAACAGCUGUUGACAAGAGUGACUGUAGUUCUCAGACACCUGGCCCUGACAUUUGAAUCAAAUGACAGUAAACACCACUUUGUUAAAUCAAA